CAACGGCGGAAUGACGAUUAAUCGUGGCUUGCAACUCUGCGACGCCGCAAACAAAAUGGCUCUGAUUUUUGCAGACUAACUAAAAAAAGAUGGUUUGAAUUUUUGCAAUUUAAAAAUACAGAAAAUGCAAAUGGUAAAUUAAAACAAAUGUAAUACAUUUUUCAAGUGUGCAAUAAGUGCGUAAGUGUUGGUAAGAUGAAUGUGGCGAGAUUUGUCGAGUGAGAAAUAUGGCUAACAAAGAUGCGUGUGAAUGAGAUUUGAAUGUACUUGAAAACUAGUUCUUACAAAACUUCACGCAUACACGCACAGCCUCAGCCUCCUUCUCAGUCUUUCUAUCAGCCUCCGUCUCGGACUCUGCUUCGAACUCAAAAAUGGAAGGUAUGGAUCUGUGGACAUCGAUGUUUUCGGCUGAUUUUGAGGAGGGCGACGAUGUGAUUGAUAAUUAUAAUCAUGGUACCAACGCAGACGAGUUUAUUGGUGAAGAAGAGGAGGAGGAGCAGGAGGCUGAUAUCGAUGAGAUGGACGAUGACAGGGAAGUGGAGCAGGAGAGGGAGGAGAGAAAGCGAAAGCAGAAGGGAAAUGAGCCUGAUGAUGAUGCGAUAUUUGAUUUCGAAUUGGAACCCAUUAUUAGCAUUGCUGAACCGGAGUUGGAGCCACCUGUGCGACGCGAAACUGUCGCCUUGGCGCCUCCAAUGGCAACCGCUGGGCCACCGGUGCGUGGCGUACACCGUCAGUCGCUUCCCGCCUCGUUUGGUUCCUCGUUAAUGCCACGAGGAGGGUCUGUGGUGGCAGCAACACCCCCAACGCGUCCAACAACAUCGCAGAUCAAUGCAACCGAUGAGAAUGGCGUACCCAUUAAUUAUGAAUUGGGUGUCAUUUACAUUUGUCCCGCAUGCGGGGCGGAGUAUCGACAGCAGGACAUGUGGAAGCGACACAUGAACCAGAUGCAUCAGUAUAACACGCGUAAGGGUCUAAAUUUUGUGGCCAUUGAUAAGCUGUAUCACCGGUGCCUGGAGUGCAACAAGCGAAUUGCGAUGCAUAGUCGAGAGAAUCUCUUGAAACACAAGUUUACACAUUUGCCGUAUCGCUGCACCAAGUGUUUCAUCUGCAAGCGAGAGUACAAAUAUAGGCAGGACCUGAUGGUACAUCUGCGCAUGGUUCACUGCGACGAGGUGGUGACUAUGAUGCGUGAUGGUGAUACUAGUGCGGGGCGUAAGACACGUGUGCGCGAGCCACGCACCGAACAACCAAGAGCGGCGAGCUACGAUGAUGACGACGUUAAGCAUGAGGAGCCAGUGGAGACAGAGGCAGAUGCUAUUGUUGUUGGAGAAGAGGUGGAGGAAAAGAGAAAGCACAGUAUUCCAGCGGCAACUAUCAAUGGGAGCAGUGUGAGCAGUGCUGCUGAAAUUUGCGAGGAUUACAUACACUAUAUGUGUCCUGACUGUGGCAACGAUUGCGACACUCACGCACAGUGGAGUCAGCACAUUGAGUUCGUUCAUGAUUAUGUCAGCAGACGAGGCCUCAACUUUCGCUGCGUGGACAUGCAGAUGCAGUGCCUAGAGUGCAAGCAGUUUGUCAUACCGAACACAAUCAAGAGUUUGCGAGCUCACAAGUUUAGCCACUUAUCACAACCUAAUUGGAUGCGCUGCAAAUUGUGCUAUAAAGGCUACACUGAGCACCACGAGCUGGUGACACAUCUGCUCAAGCAGCAUCACUUGGAGACAUUAAUGCCCGACGCCGAGGAAACGGAUGAGCCCUUGUGCAAUAUCAGUGGCGGCGAAGUGGAUGGCGAAGAUAAAACUGCAACUGGCAAUGAUUGCGAGGAGGAAUUGAUAGCACAUUGGGACGAAGCACCACGUCGCGGCGGACGCAUCAGCAGCGACGACAUGUACGAGCCACACAUCGACUAUUUGUGUCCACAGUGCGGUCGUGAGUUCAUCGAGAAGAAACACUGGCGAACACAUGUCGUCCAAGUGCAUGGCAUGAACGAUCUGACCAAGUUGAACUUUGAGGUGAUUAACGAUCGUCAGCUGAAGUGCACAGAAUGCGAGAAAAUUAUAACGAAUGCAUAUGGUAUACAGAAUGCUCAGCAGCACCGCAUUACCCACUUGCCAUACAAGGCCUAUGCUCGCUGUCGAAAGUGCCAUAAAUCGUACACGGAUCGCAAGGGUUUGGUCAAGCAUUUGGCCACAUAUCAUCGUGUUGGCUACGAGCCACGUAAAGCGGCUGCUGGAGCAGUGCCCAGUAAGGUGCAGACGCCGCGAAAACAAAUUGUCACUGUGGGAAAUGAAACCUAUGAGAUCAUCUACUUGGAUGAAGAACAAUCGUCGCCGGGCAAUAAUAACGUUAACGAGGAGAAUGAUUUUGGCGAACAGAUGCAGGCAGAUGAUGAUGACUACGCCAUUAGUAGUACUAAUUAUAGUACCACCAGCAGUCGUCAACUAUCGUCAACUCUCACGCCCUCUCACUGUCAUAAUCCCAAUCGUUACAAGUGCGUUGAUUGCGGCUCGCUAUUUCCAACGCAGGCGGCGCUCAAGGAGCAUAUUAGCGAGGAGCAUGAUUUUAUGGAUACGCAUUAUAGUGCCAAGAAGUUCGACAACCCCGAACUGACUGAUGAGACAGCUCCGCUUUCAGCUUCAGCUUCCGUUCAAGUGGCAACAAUAAAAACGUCUUCAGGUGUUAAGAAGUCAUCACAAUUAAAUCCAUCUGGUUCUUCGACCAUUGAACAAAACUAUAUAUUCCUGUGCCCAUCAUGUGGCAAGGCCUACAAGACGCAGUUCGAGUGGCGUCGCCACAUAAACGAUGCUCACAAUUUCGACAAACGUCAAUACUUAAAUAUGCGCCAAUUGGACAAGUAUCGUUAUCAGUGCACACAGUGUAAGGAUAUUGUGAGCAGCUCGAAGCUAAAGGGCCUACAGGAUCACCACUUUCGUCAUCUGCCCUAUCGCCUGUAUCUGAAGUGUCUCGUCUGCGGCACUUGCUACAAUCACAAGCCCAACAUCGCAGCUCAUCUGCGUACGCGUCACAACAUCUACGAACGCGAUACACCAUGGCGUGAAUUACAGCCGAAGCCGCAGUACAACUAUGUGAUAAUGAAAGACAAGGAUAAAGAGAAAGAAAAGGAAGGUGGUCGAGGGAUUUCCUCUAAGUCAUCGUCGCCGACACCUGCCAGUAGCAGUAGCUGUAAUGCAGGGCGUUCUCUAAAGCCGCAGCCAGGCGUAUUGCCCACUCGACCCGCUGGACUGAAUACGCUGGAGGAUAGCAUUUCAUAUCACAAUGCUGUGGACUUGGAUUUCAUUACAUACUAUUGUCCUAAGUGCAAUAAGAACUUUGACUCACAUGCGUUCUGGCGCAAACACAUUGUUGAACAGCACAAUUACAACAGCCGUCAGGGCCUCAAUUUUCGUCAGAUCGAUAUUCAUCAUUAUUUGUGCCUGGAAUGCUACAAGCGUGUUACAGUCACCCACACCAAGGGUGCCAUUGGUCAGUUGCAGUCGCAUAAGUUCCGGCAUCUGCCCUAUCGAUCCUUUAAGUGCCUGACCUGCAAUGGUGAAUUUGUGCGAAAGCAAAUGUUCUUCAAACAUCUGAAUCGUGACACAAAUCGCUGCGACAACAAGCCUUUGAGUGCCCAGGAGACGGACGAUGAUGGUGUAGAGCCUACCGAGAGUUUGGUUAGCGGCGGUGGCGAUGAUUGUUUAGUACCAGCUACUGCUAGUGCUUUAAGUGAAGUUGAUCCCGCUGCUUAUCGCCUGAUAUGUCCUCAAUGCGGUGAUAACUUUAAGACAACCAGCAAAGCACUAUGGCGCGAACACAUAAACAUCUAUCAUGGCCUGGGCAAGCGAGAGCAGCUGCAUAUGCGCAAGAUCGGCGAGGAUCUCUAUCGCUGCACAGACUGUGACGAGCAAUUACAAUCAAAACAUUUGUGGAUGCUGCAGGAACAUCGCUUUCGCCAUUUGCCCUAUGCUCCCUACAUUCGGUGCCAGGUGUGCGAAAAGCAGAAAGAUGAACUGGGUCUUGGGACUGCUGCAGCUGGUCUGCACAGUAUGAUUGAGUUACAGCAACACAUUCGCGAGAAGCACCCCGACUUGGCUGAGGGUGAUGAUCGAAUAGAAUCGCUGUUAGACGACGAUGACAAUGACGACCAUCAACAUACGAACGAUGAGACGACAGGCAAUGGACGAUAUAUGCCGCUACCGCCGCAUUUAUUGGACGACGAUGUGGAUGAUGUGGAAUUUGAAGAUCAGUAUCUACUGGGCUAAGUUUUCACUAGGCAACAAUACUCAUAGUUUUAGUUAUGCUCAUAUUUUUCCCUGCUUCCACAAUUUCCUGAAUCUAACUAAUUCUUUCAUUCUCCAUAAUUGUGAAUAAUCUUAUUGUAACAAAUGUAAAACGUUCAAAAGAAGUGCAAAACAGUAAACUAAUUGGGGAGCCUUGGUGCACUGAAAUUCCGCUUAUGUGGAAACUGUAUUUAUAUGAAUUGAAUAUUAUUUUAUAAUCAAGUAAAUCUAACAGUAAGUAGAUAUCUAAAACGGAAUAUUUAUUAUAAAUUUAUCGGUUAAACAAAUGACUCUCUUGUCCCACUCAUUAAUAUAGCUCACUACGAUGAUAUUAAACUCUUUAAUAUUUUUUAAAUUAUAAAAAGUUUUAUAUUUUAGCUGCAGUUUAUUUAUUAAAUAGCCAUAUUAUAUUUUUUGAAAUAGUUUAUUAUUAGGAACCAUUAUGAAGUUAAACCUUAUAUUACCUGAACCUUUUUACUUAUGAAUACAUUUCUCAUUGUAUUAAUGGCAGCUUUAAAUCAAACCGCCCCUAUUUAUUAUUUUGAUAUGUAGAAAUAAAUAAGAUUUUUCGAUCAA